AGCAAUCUCAAACUGCGUGCCCUGGCGACGGCCCUGUCCCCAGGCUUCUUGAGGUUUGGUGGCACCCAGACAGAUUUUCUCAUCUUUGAUCCCAACAAGGAUUCAACUCUGGAAGAAGAAAUCCUCUGGGAACUCCAGGCCCAGCAAGACACUUGUGGCUCGAGGCCUGUGUUCGCUGCUGUUGAGAAGCUACUGCUAGCCCAGUGGCCCAGGCAGGAGAAGCUGAUUCUUGCAGAGCAUGACUGGAAAAAGCACAAGAAUGCCACCAUUACAAAAAACACGCUGGAUAUUCUCUACAGCUUUGCAAACUGCUCGGGGUUUCACCUGAUCUUUGGGCUCAACGCGUUGCUGCGGACGGGUGGCUUGCAGUGGGACAGCUCCAAUGCCCGGGCACUGCUGGACUACUGCGCCUGGCGGAGGUACAACAUCUCCUGGGAGCUCGGGAACGAGCCCAACAGCUUCAGGAAGAAAUCUGGCAUCUACAUCGAUGGCUUCCAGCUGGGGCAAGAUUUUAUUCACUUACGCCAACUUCUGAGUAACUAUCGCCUCUACCGGCAUGCAAAGCUCUACGGUCCUGACGUCGGGCAGCCCCGUAAGCACACACAGAGGCUGCUGAGAAGCUUCCUGAAAUCCGGAGGGAAGGUGAUCGACUCUGUCACGUGGCACCAUUACUAUGUGAAUGGACGAAGUGCAACAAGGGAGGAUUUCUUGAGCCCUGAAGUGCUGGAUACCUUUGCCACGGCUAUACACGAAGUUCUGGAGAUCGUUGGUGGGACCGUGCCUGACAAGAAGGUCUGGCUGGGAGAGACCAGCUCUGCCUAUGGAGGGGGAGCUCCCAGGCUGUCCAACACUUACGUUGCUGGCUUUAUGUGGUUGGACAAACUAGGGCUUUCAGCCAGGCAGGGGAUUGACGUGGUGAUGAGACAGGUUUUCUUCGGGGCAGGGACCUAUCACCUGGUGGAUGCCAACUUUGAGCCUUUGCCGGACUACUGGCUCUCGCUGCUCUACAAGAGGCUGGUGGGUACCAAGGUGCUGCAGGUCCAUCUAGCAGGAGCCGACAAGAGGAAGCUCCGCGUCUACCUCCACUGCACCAACACCCUCCACCCAAAGUACAGAGAAGGGGACGUGACCCUGUUUGCUUUAAACCUCUACAAUGUUACCCAAUGUUUGCAGUUACCAAUUUACUUAUCAAGCAAGCACGUGGAUCAGUACCUCUUGCUGCCUCAUGGCAAAGAGAAUAUACUUUCCAGGUCUAUUGAGCUGAAUGGCCGUGUGCUACGGAUGGUGGAUGAGAAAACCCUGCCAGAGCUUAUCGAAAAACCCCUCGGACCCGGCAGUGUACUCGGCCUUCCAGCCUUCUCUUACGGCUUUUAUGUUAUCAGAAAUGCCAAAGCUAUUGCCUGCAUUUAAGUGGUUAACAGACACAGAGGAUAAAUUUAAAGCACUUGGCUAGUAGGGAAGUUUAAUCCUAGAAAUUAACAUUUCUACCGUGAGAUUCAAUUCUGGUGAGGGAUGCAAAUGUGGUAGCGCUGGCACAACCUGUGGGCUGGGGAAGACACAGAAUCAGAGGUGGGUUUGGGUUGGAAGGCACCUUAAAGAUCAUCUAGUUCCAACCCCCAUGUUUUUUACAUGCUUGCAUAAGACCAAAAAGAAGUCCCCCACAGGACAGGCUCCCCUCAGCGCCCCCAGCACAGGCUCCCCUCUGCCCUCCAGGACAGGACAAGGUCCCCUCAGUGGGUGCAGCCAGGGCUGGGGGGGGCCAUCGCUGCUCCACUGCCCUCCCUGCACCCCCUGGCCCCUGUAGCAGGCUGCCUUUCCCCCGGCUUCACGCAGGGCCGUGCCACACGGUGCCCUUCCCCGCCAGCCCUUGCCAUGAAGGAUGCUCGUUAAGCUCUGGCGGGGGAAUUACCCAGGUAGAGCAAGCCCAGCCGGGGCCUGGUUUUGCUCUUGGUCCAGCCUGCAUCGCUGUGCUUGAGCACCGGGUCCUUCUCCAUGUGUGGAGCCGCAUAAGCUCUGCCAGCUGGUAACCGCAGCCUCCCCUCUCCUCAUUUUCUCAGGGCUGUCUCCCUGAAAGCCUGCCUUCAGAAAGGACGAGCGGGGUUUUUCUUUUAGCUGUAGGACUGUGAUUUUUGCCUGCACCACGGGGGGAAGCCCAAGGAGGAGUUGUGGUUGCUGAGGGCAUCUCGGGGUGGAAAGCAGGGACACGCAAAGCAGAGUGAGGUCGGGGUGCCUGCAGGGGAACAUGCCUUGCUGAGAAACCAGCUCCUCCGUGGGAUUUGGGGCAGCGCCACCCAUUUUUCCUAAGCUGGGAGAGUUCAGUCACAAGCUGGAGCUGUGGCCACGUGCUUUCCAAAGGCGAGUUUUUGACACACCAAGUGCAGGCUGUUCCUGCAGGGUGGGCUACCUCAGCCCUCUCACUCGCUCAGGGGUCUCUUGUCCUCGAGGAAACUGGAAACAGGCUCUCUUGUCCCCUGAGCAAACCACCCACCCCUUGACAAUCAGAAGGACAUCAGUGGCCUUAGAGCUUCCUGGGGACAAACCUGCCCAGGCAG